AUGGAAAGUAGUCAAGCAUUAUCCCAGCGCCAACCGACCAACCGAGAUGAAAAUGAACGCGCGGCCGAUCUCAAUGGGAACCCCAACCCAAACAACGACGAGUCACCCAGUAAAGAUGCCUCGCAUCAACAACAGGAGAAAACAAAUAACUUCUCUUGGACGGACGUAGUCAGCAGGCGAGCCCGAAGACAACAACUUCAAUCCGAGAGGGAAAAGGCCGCUGCUGCCGAGAAAGCACCCAACCACUCCACAAAUCCCCGUAGGAGAGCAGGUGAUCACGGCUCCCCCUACACUCAGGAGAACCGGAGCCGCCGAGCACAAACACAAACGUUGCACCAAAAAAGGCUACCACCCCUCCCGAUCGACGACUACAAAGUGGUCAUCCGGCCGAGAGACGGUCUCAACCUCGGAGCCUGGAGUACGGACAAGCUCACACGAGCCAUCCUCGUGGCAUCUAAACUCUCGUCCACCGAAACGAACGAUAUCACUAUAAGAAUCCGCCGUGACCAGAACCUGGCGAUCAUCAGCACCCCAAGACUAGAGACAUCCUCCCGCGUACAAGCAAUCUCGGCGCUAACUCUCGAAACCAGGCAAUACGAAGUCACAGCAUACCUGGCAGUCCCCGACAAUUCAUGCAGAGGCAUCAUCUCCGGUGUAGACACCAGACCGACAGCCGAGACACUCACUGAGGAAUUACGUGCCCCCGGGACCAACAUCUUGUACGCCAGAAUGAUGGGACAGACUAACACUGCCAUCAUCACAUUUGAGGGACUCAAGGUACCCCACUACGUGUACCUAUCGGGCGGUGAAUACCCAUGCAGACCCUACCAACCAAGAAAACAAAUAUGCGGCGUUUGCCUGGGCCUAGGACAUCGCACCGACGUGUGCCCGCAACCGGAGAAGAGCCGAUGCACCACCUGCGGAACACCUGGCGGUGCCAUGGAAGAUCACCAGUGCCAACCCUACUGCAUAAAUUGUGGCGGUGAACACCCAGCGGUCGACCCGCGCUGCCCGGCCCGACAGAGAGGACCAUACAACAAGAAACACGUCCAACAACACCAACAAAUGCAAGGACGACAGAAAUCACCCCUACCACCGCCACCGCCCCCACCGCCCCAACCAAGAAGUGCAGACCCUCAAUGGCCGAAACUACAAAGCAAAACCUGGGAAGAUCCUAAUCCUUUCAUCUUCCUGGCCGACUCCACACCGCAAGAUUGCCACGAGCCCAGCCCACCCACAGGACACCCGAAACACGUCGGCAGGAAUAAGUCCCGUUCCAGCUCGAGGUCACAAAGUCGGCCCCGGACAUACGGAGAGACGCAGCGAACGGACCAAAGGGGAAAACAGAAACCCACCCUCCCCGGGGAUGACCGCAACGAAACGAAGGUAAGCUGGGCAGCGCAGCCUCCUAACCCUCCCUACGUCCCCACACUCGCAGACGCUCCCUCCCCCCACACACCAGUACCGGACCCUAUACGGGAUAUCAUCACAAAGCGAACAAUCAUGACAGCAACCGACACGCAGACGACAGCACAACCAGAUUCAGACACGUUCGCAAAGACCAAGGAGCAUUUUGCCCAAUCCCUACAGAGUUUCCGAAGAGAAAUUCAAGAGGAGUUAAAGAACUUCCGAGAAGAAAUCAGGGCCCUCACCAGACAACCCAUAGAAGAGCUAAAGGAAGCACUCCGACAGACACCACGCGAGGAGAAACUCGCACCCGCCGAAAAAAUACGGCAGGAAAUAACACAGGACAUACAGGAAAUGAAACAACAAAUAAUACAGCAGAUUGCUCUACAACUCCCCCAACUCAUCCACGCCGCUCUAACAGACCACCGAAUCAAGCUCUCUCAGCGGCACAAUCCGACGUCUCUCAACGCCAGCCCCAACACGAAGACAAACACUAGGAAACAAAACAAAAAGCACUCUCCCCCUACCGCCCCCGUGAUCUCUACGCGAAUCUGGCAAUGGAACUGUAGAGGGUACCGACGCAAACGCGGAGCCCUCACACAAUACCUCAGCACCCACACACAACGCCCCGACGCCAUAGCCAUACAAGAAACCAAUUGCGCCCCCAACCUGUCUGGAUACGAAACAUAUGUGCAGAAUACAAUCCACGGAGAUACACCGCGAGUAGCGACUCUGGUCGCAAAACACAUCCCCGUCAUAGAGCAUACCAUGGACAGAAAUGUAGACAUCCCACAUGUUCUUCUGGAGCUCCUCCCCCAGAAACGCGGAGGAACCAGCCUCUUCAUACUGAAUAUUUAUAGUCCCCCCAAGAGUGGCAAGAGAGACACCUUCGACAACAUCUUCCUCGACGCGAUUCGAAUAGCCCGACCACGAGAAAACACCUUUCUUAUAGUGGGGGAUUUCAACGCGGCACACCCAGCCUGGGGAUACGAACAUGAGACAGUAAAGGGACGGAAGUUAGCUACGACUAUAUCUAGGAACCAGCUAACCCUCCUGACCGAGCCUGACCAACCGACAAGGCUGGGUAACAGCGUAAACCACGACACGAGCCCGGACCUAACGCUCGUGCGUGCAAAAAAGCCAUGUACCUGGACAAACCUCCAAGAAAACCUGGGGAGCGACCAUUACAUUCUUGAGACUGAGAUCCAGACCCAGAUCGGCCGAGGCCACGGACGCACACAACGACUCAUAAACUGGGACGCCUUCCGACAGCUAAGACCACCCCCGGAGGGGGAAACAGCAGAAGCACACCCACCCCUAGCACAAUGGAUCCAGGAACUUAAAAAUGACAUUGACAAGGUGACUACGCAGGUGAAAACCACAAGUGCAGCCCCAGUUAUAGACCCACAUCUACUCCACCUGUGGGAAGCUCGCAGGGGACUCACCCGGAGAUGGAGAACUCGCAAACACAACCGAAAACUCCGAAAACGCAUAGCAGAGCUCACCUUAGAGGCAGAACAGUAUGCCGAGGAACUCACACAAACCAACUGGUACAAACUUUGUGAUCAGCUCCAAGGAACCCUCGGAACCAAACGGGCCUGGACUCUUCUCCGAAGUCUCAUAGACCCAACAAAAACCAAGGCGGCAACAUCCCACGCAAUCACCAAACUUCUUCACCGAGAAACACGAAAGGAAAAUGAGCUAUGGGACGCUCUCAGAGAACGUUACUUAGCAACUGGCCCUAAACCCAAAUACUCUUCAUACCCGCACAAAGAAGCCACGCAUCCCCUUGACACAGACAUCACCGAAUCCGAAGUCCGAAGCGCACUUACAAACCUAACCCGGAGCACGACACCAGGUAAAGACGGCAUUACAUACAAAAUGCUUAAAAAUCUCGACGACGGAUCCAUCACCGCCCUUACGGCUUAUUAUAACGAGGCUUGGAACACUGGUACGCUGCCACAAGAUUGGCGACAUGCAGACAUAACCCUCAUACCCAAGCCGGGCAAGCCACUCUCCCUCGAGAAUCUUCGCCCCAUAUCUCUCACGUCAUGCAUAGGAAAACUCUUGGAGCACAUAGUCCUUAAACGACUCCAACCACACCUGGAAGCCAUCAACUUCUUCGCAGAGACCAUGUUCGGCUUCAGGAAAAACCUAUCCACCCAAGAUAUACUUCUCCAACUUAAAGAAGACAUCCUCGACCACCCAGGACGGGCACAGACAAGGGCGGUUUUGGCUCUUGACCUCAAAGGAGCCUUUGACAACGUGUCACAUGACGCCAUCCUGGAAGGCCUCGCCCGAUCCCAAUGCGGAAAGAAGACCUACGAAUACAUACGAGCUUUCUUAUCCGACCGAACCGCCACCUUGGGGAUCGGCGAUCAUCGAUCCGACCCAAUCCUGCUCACGGGAAAGGGCACUCCCCAAGGUUCAGUCCUCUCGCCAACACUUUUUAACAUUGCCAUGGCAGGGCUUCCUCAUCUCCUCGCCAAAACACCCAACAUCCAACACGCACUGUAUGCCGACGACAUCACCAUAUGGACCAGCAAGGGCUCGGACGGCCAGAUACAAGACAACCUUCAGGAAGCAGUAGACACCACCCAGAAAUUCGCUAUAGCAGCAGGACUCAGCUGCGCAGCUGAAAAGUCUGAACUCCUGCUCAUCCGAGGAGCACGCAAAACUAAUGAACGGAACAAGACCACAGACGAAAUCACCAUACACCUUGAAGGCACCCCCAUACCAAAAACCGACCGUCUAAGGAUACUUGGCUUGCACCUCCAAGCCAAUGCAAAAGCCACCCAUACCGUGCAGCUGCUAAAGAAGCAAUGCAUCCAAAUAGCCCACCUCAUACGCAGAGUCGCCAACAAAAGAGGCGGCCUCAAAGAAACCGAUACCAUUAGGGUUGUGCAAGCACUUCUCAUCAGCCGAAUAAUAUAUCACGCCCCAUACCACAAACUAAACCAAACGGAGCUAAAUAGACUCAACAUCAUUCUCCGCACAGCGAUUAAAACGGCCCUUGGACUCCCCCCGUACACCUCAACCCAACGAUUACUCCAACUCGGCCUGCACAAUACUAUUGAGGAACUGAUCGAAGCCCACACAACCGGACAACGCACCCGUAUGAGCUACACAAAGACAGGACAACAUGUCCUUCGCAGACUCGGCUAUCAGAGCUUCGAAAUCCCAGAGCACACCAUCAAAGUAGGGCCAGCUCCACCCGCAAUCACUGCCAGGAUACGGGUCAUGCCACUCCCACGAAACAUGCACCCAGAGCUCAAUGCCGGAAGGAGAGCGGCAAGAGUGCGUGCUCUCCAACGACUACACGGAAACGACCCAUGUACCUUUUACACUGACGCGGCAGAAUAUCCCGCACCACAUAAGUAUAUGAGCAUAGCCGUCUGCGAUUCCAACGGUCAGAACAGGACAACGGCCUCCCUUCGAGGCAAGCUCCCCACCACCACCUCGGAAGAGGUAGCUAUUGCAUUGGCCUUAGCUCACUUAUAUCACACAAUCAAGGAUCAUGAGGUUCCAUGCACUAUCAUCACCGACUCACAAGCGGCAUAUUUUAUCUUCGAUUUAAUCUACUAUUACGUUUUCAGGCAAGUAGAGAAAUAUUUUGUUGGUGUGAAACAUAAAUAUUAUGCGUCACGAACGAUGUCUAUGUUUUGGGGAAUCCAAUGCAAUAAAGACGCCCAAAUGGAAAAACAAAAAAUUUACGAGAGCUCUAUGAAGUAUUUCACACGAAACAGAUUUGAUCUCGGCUGUCCGGACGCCACAUUCUACGUUACAAUGUAA